AACGGGGGCGGGACCUCUGGGUCCAGUCUAGGAAUCGCUCGAGGCCGUGUAGACUUGACCGGGUUGGAGGCUGGGCCUCGGUUCCGGCCUUAGCUCGGUCGAGGCCCCGAUGAGUCUGGACCCGGAAAGGGUGGAGCCUCUGAGCUCAGACCCGGAAGCGACAGAGACGCUUCCGAGCCUAGACUAGGAAACCAGGUUGCUGGGAUCCUAGGCCGGAGAGUCCGCGAAGUGCAUCUCAGCCCAGCGGAGAAGGCGGUGGUGGGGCGGGACCCGGAGCCUAAUGUAGCAAGGGCGGGGUUCCACUGCGUUCGCCAGGCUAGCGGGAGGCGGAGCGGCGGGGAGCGCCGUGGCCCGGAUGUUCGGGCGCUGCGUUCGGACCGGCUGAUCCCCGGGCUUCUGUGGAGAACCUAGCCUGGCCAAUGGCUGUCGAUAUUCAACCAGCAUGCCUUGGACUCUACUGUGGGAAGACCCUGUUAUUUAAAAAUGGCUCAAGUGAAAUCUAUGGAGAAUGUGGGGUGUGCCCAAGAGGACAGAGGACGAACGCCCAGAAAUACUGUCAGCCUUGCACAGAAUCCCCCGAACUCUAUGACUGGCUCUAUCUUGGAUUUAUGGCUAUGCUUCCUCUUGUUCUACAUUGGUUCUUCAUUGAGUGGUACUCAGGGAAAAAGAGCUCCAGCGCCCUCUUCCAGCACAUCACUGCGCUGUUCGAGUGCAGCAUGGCGGCCAUCAUCACCUUACUCGUGAGCGAUCCAGUGGGCGUCCUGUACAUCCGUUCCUGCCGAGUACUGAUGCUCUCAGAUUGGUACACGAUGCUUUACAACCCGAGUCCAGAUUACAUCACCACAGUGCACUGCACUCAUGAAGCAGUCUACCCACUAUACACCAUCGUGUUUGUUUAUUACGCAUUCUGCUUGGUGCUGAUGAUGCUUCUCCGGCCUCUGCUGGUGAAGAAGAUCGCCUGCGGACUGGGGAAGUCUGAGCGGUUCAAGAGCAUUUACGCCGCGCUUUACUUCUUCCCCAUCCUGACGGUGCUGCAGGCCGUUGGUGGAGGCCUCUUGUAUUAUGCUUUCCCAUACAUUAUAUUAGUGUUAUCCUUGGUUACUCUGGCUGUGUACAUGUCCGCUUCUGAAAUAGAGAACUGCUACGAUCUCCUGGUCAGGAAGAAAAGACUCAUUGUUCUCUUCAGUCACUGGCUACUGCACGCCUAUGGAAUAGUCUCCAUCUCCAGAGCGGACAGGCUUGAGCAUGACCUGCCGCUUUUGGCCUUGGUACCCACACCAGCCCUGUUUUACCUGUUCACUGCGAAAUUUACUGAACCAUCACGGAUACUCUCAGAAGGGGCCAAUGGACACUGAAUAUAAAAUGCCAAAAAAACAAAACAAAACAAAAAACCAAAAUCAACCAACCAACCAACCAAAACAAACAGAAAAACCCUAGAAAGUAUUCUUAAUAAAUUAAAGAAGAAAUUAAAAUGUAUUAAUAGCAUUCUGUCAUACAUGGGAACAAGAGUGUCUGGAUACCUUAACGCUUGUUUUUUAUCUUUCAAUUUAACGGACCUUGUGAUUAGACUUGGAAAUUGCACAGCAUCAUGGCUCUGUGCUCUGCAUAUGUUACCUAUCACACCGGAAGUCCACACAGGAAGUUGCAGUUGUGCUUUGGAGCACAGCUGUGUUUCUGUGUGCCUGUGCUGUUGGGAGUCUCCCGGCUUUGUGUGAAAACCUUUUAUCAAGUAUAUUCGGAGCUCCUUUGCGUGAUGUCAUUAUUCCUGCUUGUGAUCUGGGCGUUGACUUUCCCCUGUAAGGAAUUAGGAAGGCAAGCGUACUUGUGGAGUGUGAGGUCAACUACAGAAGCAAAGGAGGUUUUUGUCGAUGUCUAUUUAUUUUCACCAGUGCAGUAUUUUAGUAAUAUUACAAAAAUAAAGCAUAAUUUAUAUGAGCUUUCUGUGUAUAGACAGUUUGGUUGAAGACAUGUUCAGAUUAUUGUUCCUGUAAAGAAGAAAACAAUAAAGAGUUUAACUGUAAAAUAAUUAAACGUUCUAACAGUUGAGUCUCUUUUGCCAUAGUGAUCAUGAAGUAAUUAAAAAUGUUAAGUAUUAAGAUUAAUAUCUCUUUUGUCUACUGAAUAAAUACACAUACUCUCA